GACCACCACCAACACCAUUGGACACUCAAGAACUUUUUGAAUGUCUAAAAAAUUUAUUACCUAAGGAUAAUGUUGAGAUUCCAGUAAGUUUAACAAUUUUCUAUCUAUUAAGCUAUUAUUUAACAUUUUGUAGAUUUUCAAAUAUUUUACAUCACACAAACAUUACAGUGUUCAAUUGA